AUGAUUUCGUCAAGUACUGGAGCUUCAAGACAUGGAGUCCGUGUGUACCUCAAAUUCUUGAAACGCUCUCAACUAGUGUACGAACCAAGUCAACGGCAGAUGUUUAGUAUCUCGCCUGUGUUCAUGGCCUACUUGAAGACCUUCCGAUCACAGAUCAUGAUCGUUGACGUACGUCACGUGUACGUGAUGAAAGCACUGCUGGAACUCUCGGACGACCACAAAAACGGGAUCGCUACAAAAAACGGUUACUGGCUCGCAGCGUUAAUGACUCGCACCUCGUUGGUCGCACUACUUGCACUCGACUACCUCUUUUUCCUGGCAUCGCGAAUCGGUGCUAUCAUGCGUUUGUUGACUGUGUCACUCGUGUACGAGAAAGCACUGAGGUUGUCAAGUGCAGCUCGACAGGAGUGUACAACCGUAAAGAUUUUGACGCUCAUGAGUGUCGAUACUGACUACCUCUUGGAUUUCUACGCUGCGCUUGCUGGUGCGGUCGUACUCACUGCUGUGAUGAUCCUUUCGAUCAAGCGAGGAGAUCGUAUUGCGAGAAUUGCUACGGGUUAUUGA